AUGGCUGUCUUCAGGCCCUUUGUUGUACUUCUUUCCAUUUGCAUCCUUUCCUUCAUUCCCAAUGCUUGUCAUGGGGCCAGCAAAAUGAAUGUCAUUGAUCAAUGCUGGAGAAUGAAUUCAAAUUGGCAGAGAAGCCGACAACAUCUGGCUACUUGCUCUGUGGGGUUUGCAGGGAAAAUGACCAACAAUGUUGGGAAAAAUGUUAUAUGGUAUAAGGUCACCGAUCCUAGUGACGACCCUGUGAAUCCCAAACAAGGGACAUUAAGAUAUGGAGCUACCAUGAUCACAGGAAAAGUCUGGAUCACUUUUGAGAAGAACAUGGACAUUAAACUUGAGAAACCUCUUCUUAUUAGCAGCCAUACUGCCAUUGAUGGUCGUGGCGUUGAUGUCAGCAUUGAAGGCAUCGGAUGCCUCGUGGUGUACAAGGCAACCGACGUGAUCAUCCAUGGCCUAAAGAUUCACCAUUGCAAGGCACAGGGACCUAGCUCAGUCAUGGGACCGGAUGGGAAACUAAUGCCGUUAGGUCAGAUGGAUGGGGAUGCCAUAAGGCUGGUCACUGCAUCUAAGGUUUGGAUAGACCACAAUACAUUAUACUCGUGCCAGGAUGGUCUUCUUGAUGUCACUCGUGGAUCUACAUUUGUUACUGUUUCUAACAAUUGGUUUAGAGACCAAGACAAGGUUAUGCUUCUUGGACAUGAUGAUGGGUAUUUGAGAGACAAGAACAUGAAGGUCACGGUUGCCUUCAAUCAUUUUGGUCCUAAUUGCAACCAAAGAAUGCCAAGGGUUCGCCAUGGAUAUGCACAUGUAGCUAACAAUCUGUACCUGGGAUGGGAACAAUAUGCAAUUGGAGGAAGCAUGAAUCCUAGCAUCAAGAGUGAAUCCAACCAUUUUAUUGCACCUAAACAAUCCGGAAAGAAGGAGGUAACUUGGAGAAAUACGGAGAUUGGUGCAAAAGGCAAGCCCUGGAACUUCUACUCUGUAGGGGAUAUGUUUACAAAUGGAGCUUCUUUUGUCCAGACCGGCCGCAGAGGUACGGCAAAGCCCAACUACAAUAAGGAGCAAACGUUCAAAGUUGGAAGUGCAAACUCUGUACAGUCAAUGACUAGCUCAGCAGGUGCUUUAACAUGUUCAAGAACAUUGACAUGCUGAUGAGUCAUGAGUGAUGAGUCUGAGAGUUGCAGAUUCAGAGAAAAUGCAGAUCCUAAAAAU